GAAAUAAAAAUAUAUUUGUUUGAUAUACGUGAUCCAAGCUUCUUUUGGUUUUGCCCCAUAAGUACCCGAACCCCAUGGAGAUUUAAAUGAUUCCAACUUUUUUUCUUCUUAUCCCAGGGGUCAAUUGAAAAAGAGCCCAUUGUGUUACCUAGCGACUAGAAAACACUCCUUACAACAACAACACCACCACAACUUCCAAAUAUUUUGUAAGGUGUUUCCUAGCUGCUUCCCCAUCUCAAUUGCAAGGGUUUCCUGAACCAAAUUGCUGUCAAUUAAAGAUAUCAACGCCCUACCACGUGACUGCGCGUUGCUAGGUGCUUGUUUCCCAAGAAGUAUCUAUUCACAGAAAUUCACGAUCCUUUUCGCCGUAAGCAGCCGCACCCCUCUCUUCUGAUUUGCAUUACAUAUCGAGAUAACUCUUUCCCUCGUUUCUUAUUCUGUCCAGAAUAUACCUAGAAUUUUUUUCAUUCUUGCAAACAAUUACGAACUUCUUAUAUUUACCUACCUACCUAGGUACCUACAUACAUACCUACCGGUACUUAUCUCAUAUACUUCCUAUUUCAACAAGCCUUUUCUCACACUUACUUAGGUACUCACCUAAUCUACAACAAAUCUUGCGAUACUUCAAUCCCUUUUCGAACCUUGUUGCAAUGGCGACUCCUGCUCAGCCUGGCGAGAAAGACGCCCCCGCCGAAAGGCUCCAGCUUAGCCAGCGAGAGAUCGAAGUCCUAGCCAAGGCAUUCGUGUGCAUUAGCGACGUCAAGGACGGCGUGCCCCAGGUGGACGCCAAGAAGCUCGCCAAGCUCGGCCCGUACGCGAGCGCCGACUCUGCUCGUCACGUCUGGAGACCCAUUCACAAGAAGCUGCAGAGCUACAUCGAGAGCGGGAGCGAAGAAUCCCUCUUCCCCGCCACGCCUUCCACCAGGAACAGGGGCACAGGCACAGGCACUCCCGGCAAGCGCAAGGCGGACGGCGACGGCACCGAGCUCACCCCCACCAAGAAGCCCCGAGGCAGGCCCCCCAAGGCCAUGGCUAAGAAGAAGCGCAUCGAGGUCGACUUUGGCGACGAGGAGGAUUUGGCGGAUGGCGAGGCUUGAUUCAGCGUGGCACUUACUUAGUUAGGGAGGAUGGGGUUUCUUCAGUGAUGAUGAUAUCCAGGUCAGGCGUGCUUUUCAUUUUAGGCUCGUACUCUUUUUUUUUCUGCUUCGGGCGAUUUGAAGUCGGCGACAGACUCUGAUUACUCGAGUCUCAUUGCAUUCUACGGAUGCUACGCUUCAGCUGGCAUGAAGCAAUAGGUAGCAAUCUCAGGUGUGCAACUACACGGCGUUGGGCGGAAGUGAAUUUUUUUCCCAGCUACUUAGGUAGCUACCGUGGUUAGUAGUACCAAAGGUUGAUGCGCAGAAUAGUGCUGCCAGAUAUGCAUGCGAUGGAUUUGCAGUUACUCGAGUUCAUAUUAGUAACAUCAUUUCAGAUAAUUUUCAUAAUGGAACAGGCUCGCGUGCCAUUUCCAUCUCUGGUCUUUUAAAGAUUGCCAUACUUAUUAUGAAUGAUGCUCGAUUUUAAAAC